GCGUGCUUCUGUAUCCAGCAAGAACCGGCAUACUAAUUUUAUAGAUUAAUCUUGAUAUCAAUUAACGCUGAUAAUAGUGCUAAUUUUUACUUGAUUGAUAAACAAAAGAAGACUAUAUAAUGGAAUUGAUACGACCAGACCGACCAUCUAAAUGUACAUAUAAAGUGAAUGGGGAAAAUUCGCCACAUACGAAACAAACGGAGUUUCCAAAUCGUAAAAAAAUAUUGCCAAACAUUUUAAGUACAAUUGGCCAGACACCUCUCGUUCGACUUAAUAAAAUUCCCAAGGCUCAUGGGAUCAAAUGUGAAAUGUACGCUAAAUGUGAAUUCUUUAAUCCCGGAGGAUCUGUCAAAGACAGAAUAGCGGAGAGAAUGAUUUCGGAUGCGGAAAAAAAGGGUCUAAUAAAACCGGGAUAUACCAUCAUCGAACCAACAAGCGGAAACACUGGAAUCGGUCUAGCCAUGGCCGCAGUGGUCAAGGGCUAUAAAUGCAUCAUCGUGAUGCCAGAGAAAAUGUCUAAUGAAAAAGUCUAUGUGCUUCGCGCUUUGGGUGCAGAUAUAGUUAGAACACCGACUGAAGCUUCUUGGGACAGUCCGGAAGCGCAUAUCAGUGUGGCCCAAAAAUUGCAAAAGGAAAUACCCAAUAGUAUUAUUUUAGAUCAGUAUACAAAUCCUGGUAAUCCAUUGGCGCACUAUGACCAAACUGCAACAGAAAUUUGGGAGCAAUGCGACGGCAAUAUAGACUAUGUGGUACUUGGUGCCGGUACUGGAGGCACUAUAUCCGGAAUUGGACGAAAAUUGAAGGAAUUAUCGCCUAAUGUAAAAAUUAUCGGAGUGGAUCCUAAGGGAAGCAUUUUGGCAGAACCACCUGAAUUAAAUGAAAACAGCGUUGGUUUCUACGAAGUAGAAGGAAUUGGUUAUGAUUUCAUUCCUACCGUUUUAGAUCGUAAAAUGAUUGAUCAGUGGCAAAAAACUGAAGACGACGAAUCUUUAAAAAUGGCGCGAGAAUUAAUUAGGGAAGAAGGAUUGUUGUGUGGCGGUAGUAGUGGUGCAGCACUCGCGGCGGCGUUGAAAGUCGCCAAAGACUUGUCUGCGGAUAAACGUUUGGUCGUUCUCUUACCGGACAGUAUAAGAAAUUACAUGACUAAAUUUGUGUCAGAUCAAUGGAUGGAAGCUAGAGACUUUUUGGUGUCCGAACCUUCAACAGAAGCAAAUAAAAAGUGGUGGAACUUACCAGUAUCAAAGUUAUCACUAAAGAAGCAUAUAUUAUUAAGAGGGAUGUCAUGUCAAAAUGUUAUAGAUUUUUUGAAAUCCUCUAAUCACAUUCAGCAAUUGUUAGUAACUGAUGCGAAGGAAACAAAAGUGCUAGGCGUUAUCACAUUAGAUGCUCUUCUAUCUCAUUUAAUAUCCGGUACGGUGAAUGGAACUGAUUUCGCUGAGAAAAUCAUGACUAAACAGUUUACAAAGAUCAUAGCUUCUACGACAAUCGGUAAAGUGUCGCGUAUCCUUGAAAAAGAAUCUUAUGCUGUGGUUGUAGACGACAAUGAUGCUUUAAUCGGACUUGUAAGUCGAAGCGAAAUUUUUGAUUUUAUCACUAAGGAUGAUUGACAUGUUGUAUGUGAUCAAGAUUGUCAUUUAUAUUGUGUAUAUUCAUAGAUAAUUAAGAUUAAUUAAUUACGUCAGGAAGUUUCUUCUUUUUUAAUAUUGUGUUUGAUGCUAUAUUCUUACAUUCGUAUAAAUUGGAAAUUAUUUACGAUACAUAAUGAAUUGUCAAUAUGGAAUUUAUACAUCUAUCUAGAUGUCGUUUUUAAACUAAUAUGAUUUUUCUUAAUGUCUUUUAUGGCACAUUUAUACAUUUUAAGUAUAUUUAAGUUAUACUUUCUAGUAAUUUUGUAGUAAUUUUAUGAAUAUUUACCAAUGUAAAUGCAAAUACGAACAAAAUACAGACGAACAAAAUAAAAAAAAAUGUGAAACGAAAAUCGUUGUAUAAAUGUAGACAUAUUAAUUCUUUAUUUUUCAUUAUAUUUUGGGAUCGGAGCAUAGUUUACAAAUGGAUAUAAACAUUAUACAAGAUGAAUAUCAGAAAGUGUUUCAUCCCUGGGAAUAUUAAUAUAUUUUUUCCACUAAAUACAAUAAAAAUAUGACAUGGUAUGAUGAAUAUCUAGUCAUAUUUCCUUAUAUUUCACAUAAGAGAUUUGCUAUAUAUGUACCUUUUUACACUUCUGUACCUUCUUAUUUCUUGAGUCGUCCAGAAUGGCUAUUAAAUCUUUUGAACUUGAACAUGGAACUU